AUGUUUUCCUCAAAUGAUUCUAACCUCCUCAAGGUCAAAUUAUGUGCCAUGUUGAUUUUAAGUAUCAUCUUGUGUCAAAUGAUUUGGGUGCUAGCUGUUCCACUUCCUCUGCAAGGGUUGGGAGCGAUGGACGAUUUAGCACGCCUUGGUGGGAACGGCGCUAAGAUUUCGGCUACUGGGAUCGACGAUGCUAGUAAAGGUCAGCUUUUGUCGUUGAAUCCAAAAAUUGACAUAUGCAUAAAAAUUCUAGCAAAAAAAAUUGACGGAUUCCCUCUGAUAUUGAAUCGUCUUGACUUUGUAGGUUUGAAUUCCAUCAGGACCGCGGAUGAUGUUGUGGGAAACACAAAGGCUAUGGACUCCAUGUCGAAGAUUCGAAAUGCUGGUCCUGAUACCUUUGAGUCUGGAAAGAAUUUCGAUUCUGCUUCGUCUGCCGUUAACGGUAAAGGUCCCACUACACUACCAGGAGACACAAGACCAUCAGGAAAACUUUCUUUUGAUAGAAUGACAGGUUUAUUUCCAAAUGUCAAGGGGAAGUUCAAGGACUUGGGCAGUAAAGCCACAAAAUCCCUUUCGGAUUCCAGUCAAGCUGUGAGAAGCAAAGCAGGAGUGCUGCGGGACGGUCUUGCAAAGCUCAAAAAGCUACCAAAAUUCUCAAAACAAAACUUGAAGUCAUGGAUCACUAAAUCCAAUAGCAAAGCUCGACAAUCACUUUCAAGGCUAGCUAUAAAGAGAGGUAGACAGGGAACUGCAACACUGGGUGGAAAUCCAUGGAGUCCUAAGAGAAUAGCAGGAUUCUUCUCUGUUAAACCCUUCAAGUCAUUCAUGAAUAAAUUUAGUAACAAAGCUGCACAAUCAUUCUCAAAGCUGAAGAAAGCUCUGGGACGUAGCUCAGCGGCAAUAGGCCAAGGUUCAAGACAGUUUGUCCAGAGAAUAGCAAGAUUGUUUCCAAAAAAAUCCUUCAAUAUAUUGAUGACUAGAUUCAAGAUGAAGAUGAAUUCUAAUUUUUCAAAAACAAAAUCAUACUUAGAUCUGGGUAAGGGAAUUUUAGAACGCAUUCAAAGGUUUAGACAAACCAAAAAAGUUCAACCUGAAAGGCCAAUGGUACCAGAGACCCAACCAGGUCAAGCUGGAAAGACAAUGGUUCCAGAGACCCAACCAGGUCAAACUGGAAAGACAGUAGUACCAGAUGAAGCAGAUGGCAUAGAUGACUUAGAUGAAAUAGAUGGAUUCAGCUUAAAAUUCCCAUCACAAGAAAAACUUGCACCCCCCAAAAACCCAGUAAAAAAUAGAUGGCAACCAAAAUUAGAAACUAUUGUGGAAGAACAACCAACACUGGGACAGCGGUUGGCCCAGUCAACACUGGGACAGCGGUUGGCCCAGUCCAAACUUUUUGGGCAAAAACCCUUCAAGUCAUUGAUGACUCAAUUCAAAGAUUUUGGCAAGAAGGUUUUGGAAAAAGUUCAAAAUCUCAGACAAAGCAAAAAAGUUCAACCUGAAAAAGUACCAGGCCAAGCUGGAAAGACAACAGUACCAGAUGAAGCAGAUGAAAUAGAUGGAUUCAAGAUAGACUUCCCAUCACAAGACAGACUUGCAGCCCCCAAAAACCCAUGGUGGGCCCAAUCCAAACUUUUUGUGCAAAAAGCCUACAAGUCAUGGAUGACUCAAUUCAAGGGUAUUAAGCCUCCGUAUUCAAAUUCAAUGGUCAAAGAUAUUUAUUGA